CCAUCAGGAAUAUUGAUGUCAAAAUUUUUGUUAACUUCUUAAUUUUGGAUCUUUAAAUUUAAAAUUUCUAAGUUUUCUGUAUCUUUCAAUAGUUAAAAUGGCUCCUAAACAAGAUAAGAAAGCAAAAAAAGAAACGUCAGUGUGUCAGACCUCGAAAUGUGAUAUGUCCCAGGAUGUCGAUUGCGCCGCAAACUGCCCUGGCGCUGUCAACGUAGCCACCGGGCGAGGCCAAUCGGGGGCUAAGCUGACGGACCGGCAACGUCGCAACAUGGAGCGGGUGGAAAUGCUCGCGCGGCCCAACACGAGGCGGCUGCGGAGUCUCUGGGAUGAGAAGUGCGCCAUAUUGCCGCCGGACCGUCGGGACAAGAUCAAAAGUGCGCUGGAGGAGGACUAUUUUCUUAGCCCAGAGCAAACGGAGCAAUACUUUCAAGCUCUGAACCAGCAUGGAGGGGGCAAGUUUCACAUCCCGGGCGCCGGCGGCAGCGCCGGCGCCGGCACCGUCGGUCGCAAGGAGCAGGCGGACAGGACCAAGGAACUGCGGCAGCGGCAGAAGUGGCUAGUCAACUUUAGUGCACAGGUGGCGUACCGUAUUUGCGACUACAUUGCAAAGGGUCAAAAAGAAAUGCUAGUCUCAAACAGGUUGCGGAGCAUCGCUGAUGUGGUGUUAGAAAGGGUCGCGGACAUACUGGGUGAGCCGAAACCCACCCGAACACAUCCCGGUCGCCUGGCGCGGUUCAUGGUAGCGAUAUCCGACCGCAUCGCCGUCUGGAUUGAAAACGCCGUGUAUCGCGCCGACGCCAUCGAGCCGCCAGAGGAACCGCAACAUGAGCAUAUGCGGCUGGACACUGAGCGCCCACUUAUAUGCUGAUUCAGUGUUCUUCCUCCUCUGCUGCUUGGCGCUGGCGGCUGCUGCCCCCCAGCUCAUCUACCCGGGCCUGGCUCCCAUCGCCCCAUUGGGCGUGGUACCUAGGACCGUGGUAGCUGGUCCGACGGUGGUGAACGGC